GGAAGCCCUCCACGCCAUGACCAAGGGCAAGAACCACGAACUGCGCGUCAACAUCACAGACUGGAGUGACAGCGAGACCUGGGCUGAGUGGAAGGAAUUCAGCGUGGCAGGCGAGGACAAGUACUACCGUCUGAAGGUGAGUCGGUACACGAGCAGUUCCCAGGCAGGAGACGCCCUCAAGUGGCACAACGGGAUGAGGUUCUCGACACCCGACCGCGACAACGAUGCUCUUCUGGGUGGCCACUGUGCUAAGAAGAACAGUGGUGGCUGGUGGUACCGAGGCCACCGGGGCUGCUACCAGGCCCACCCUACUGGCAGGUAUCAGCACAGCCCUGGCAAUCCUCCUCCCCCCACGGCCAAUUCCCGCAACUUCGACAUGGGUCCUGUGCUUGUGUGGCAAAACUGGCGUGGAGAGAGCUACUACCCCAAGUCUCUGUUCCUUAUGUUCCGACCAGCUAUCAACUAAAUGACGAAGGAGGUCCCCCUCCAUUUCUUUUGGUUUGGUCUCACUGCACAAUGGGUACCAAUAUGCUGGUGGUCGGAUUUAUUAUUCUUCCUUGGUUUGAAAAGGGGGGGUAAAAGAAUAUUGAAAGGAAAAUCAAUGAAUUAUUGUCUAAAUCUAUGCUGAAGGUAAGAUAGUUGGAGCAGCAUAAUACUUCCAAGUGAAAAUGGUUUGCCAAAAUAAGUAUAAGGACUUUUUUUCUCUCUUUAACCUGUUUUAUGAUCAAAGUAAAUACCAAACAACCAUUGUCUUUUUCCUUCUGUAGUCUAGUAGAAAAAUGUACUCUGGGGUCAAUGUCUUAAUGGAAUGGUUGUAUUUCUAUAGUAAUUUAUUUUGGGUGUUGUAACGUAAACCUUUCAAAUCACCCAAGAAUGUUAAAGACACAGGAAAGGAAAGCUACAUGAUGUUAAAAAAAUAGAGAGAAGUGAAUUAACACAAUGAUUCUGACAAAGUAAAUAUAAGCUAUUAUAUGGUAGAGGUUUCCAGUAUUUUUCUUAAUGCAUCAGAGGAGGAUAUUUUUAUGCAUUUUACAGUCCAAAAAAGAUGGCAUUUUACUGUAGGAAAAAAAUGUAUAAAUCAUAAAAGAAAAAACAAAAAAAAUCUGAAUAAACUCUAGUCUUAAAUAUGUAUGAAUUCUUCAUAAACUUAUGAAAUAAUUUUGAGUACAGUAUUAAGGUUAUAAUAUAUACAUACAUAUAUACAUAUACUUAACUCCCUACCAAUGUCUUCUAUGAGCAUAAAGAAUUUUUUUUAAUCAAUUUAGUUCAUUAUACAAAAUAUUAUCAUUAGACACCCCAAAAACAUCGGGGAUAAAAACAUUGAUGUGGAAACAGAGGCAUUUAGAGAAGGUGAAGUUAACAAGUAUACUUCUGAUAAAAAUAACGUUUAUAUAAAUAGAUGUAGGAUAAAAUCAAACAAAUUAAUCCAAAUUUUUUGCCAUUCAGAUACGUCACCUUUUUGCGAUACUUAACCACCAUUGGAUGAAGGUAUUGAGUGUAAAAAAUAUAUAUACUUGUUUGUUGAAAAGAUGAACGAACACCUCACUCCAUAUGGCUGGUCACGGUUAUUCUCUAUUGCCGCGUAACUGUUGUGUUAGAAUUUCCGUAGGUCUUAGCUCCAUAGGCUCUUCCAAAUAAUUCUCCUUGGAUUCAUCUUAAAAAAAAACUCCCCCCCCCCAUCUCAGCUAAAAAAAAAAAAAAAAAAAACAUGACAAGGACAACCAAAAAUACAAUCUACUCAAACUCAUAGAUCCAAUCUUUUUUCUCUGAUAGCAAAGUCGUAAACGAUAUAAAAAGGGAACGGUUUGCUUUCUGAAAACCUUUUUCUGAAACACUUUAGGAUUACAGUAAACAAGGACAGGGUUUAUAAAAACAGUAAUCUAGAAUUGUAAUGUAAUGGAACCCUGUUUGACCUUCAGUGUGCUGGCCUAGCUGCUUCUUUGUGCAAUGGUAUGAGUUCUUGUUUCAGUGUGAUUUUGGUCAAAAUUUUGGUCUUUAAGGGAAAACCCAUAUAAUUGAUGUUCUGUCAUUAACAUACUGACUUCUCUAGGGGCUGUGGAUGGGUUUGGGUGUCCAUUCACUGAGUUCUGAAGUAAAAAGUUUUACAGAGUCCCCUGUCUCUAAAUAUUGCAGAUCUGAAUUGUGCUAUUUUAUUGCAUUAUAAAGAAAUCUUAAUGUUGGAAAAACAGGCUAUACAGUAUAUUCAAACUAUUCUACUGAAUCAGAAGAAAGAAAAAGAAAAAAAUCCACCUAAAAAAAAAGGACAUUAAACCAAAAAGAAAAAAUACUGCAGGAUACGAAAUUUCAAACCAUAUACCAGAUUUAUCAGAUGGACACACAGACCCACACCCCACCUGACUCUUUCCUUCAGUACAACGCAGUAUGACACAAGUACUAUCAUUCAUGGCACUAAAACUGAGACAUUAGGGAGGUUGAGAAAUAAGUAGCAAAAUAUUCAAUGCAUAUUAAUUUCUUGUUCUUGAAACUUUUUGAACUUGAAUCAUUCAGUUAGUGCAUGCAUAACAUAUUAGAAGAUACAUAAUAACCCUACAGGUAGUUUAUUUGAGAUAUGUUUAGAAGAAAGAAUUCUUGAACGUGUGUAGAGUUGAUGGACUUUGCCGACUGACAGCGAAAAGAUACAGCUUAAUGAUCUACACAAGUGAACAAAUGCAGUGUUUUCUAUACUGAACAAAACUGAGUAUGAAUUUAAGUAAGAUAUUGUUUAAUUAUUAAUUUUAGUGGAAGAUUUCUUCACUGAAUUUUCCUUUUUCUCAAUCAAAAAAUGUUUACUCAAUCCUCAAAAGAAUAUGUAAAGGCAAUACUGUUUCAGUUUUCACCAAAAAUAUAUAAGUAAGUGUGUCCUCUUUGUUUAUGAUGACAAUCUGAACACACAAAUGAUCCCACACAUUUUGUUCCCUUGUGUAUAACCCUAUCACAUGAUCUAGAAUUCUUUUUGUGGAAAAUAUUCUUAGUAAUUCAUCUUCUGUCUACCUUCUACAUAUUAUAGCACUGCCAUGAGAGCAGUUCAAUUUAUGUAGCUCAGUUUUUCCAGAGACUUCAUGUGGAUAUUUUGUCUGUGGUCAAGUGGGACUUUUAUCUUUAUCAUUUGCCGGUAUUUCAAAUCGUUAUGAGCUCAUUCUCACACAAGGUGUAUAUACUUAUAUCAUUUCCAACACACCUCACCAAGGGAGAUACAAAUAAAGACAAAGAAAGAAGUAAACUCUGCAUAAAAAAAACAAAAAACACUAAUUGGAAAUAUGCAAAAUAAAUCCAAGUAUAACACAAGAUGUUCAAAAAAUAAAUAAACGCGAAAUAAAAGAACAGGCCAGUCCGCUCCUUGCCCAUGCCAAACUACCUACCCUCAGUCAAUGAUAGGUCGUGCCACACACAUGAAAAAUGAAAGUAGGUUUUGCUUCUCCCGAAUAUUUUAUCAAUCAUAUAUUUUCAAUAUAAAAUAAAAGAGAGCAUGAAAAAAUGCUAAUGUGCCAAAAAAUAAAAAGGGAAAGUACAGCCGAAUUGGAGUGUUUGGUGUCCACCUAUCAUUAACAAGUGUAUUAAGAAAAUUACUUUAGCUACUAAAUUCUAAAAAACAAAACAAAAACAAAAAAAAAAUAAA